GCCGUUAAAUUCUUGGCCCGAAGGAAGGUAACGCAGGACCUUUUGCAAAUAUUUCCCGAAGACGACUUGACAAAAACAACUUGGACUUAUACAGUACUUGGAUGUACAAGAUAGCAAAAUCUAUCCAAUCUAAACAACCAAACCUCACCAAAGCCUAAAAAAAAUCAUGGUCCAUCUUUUCGAAGCGAAAAUUAUGCAAUUGCGAGCAGAAACAGGAAAGAAAUACAAGAAGUCUAGACGGAAAAUAUGAAGCAGGCAGCAAAAUAAACAAAGUUUAAUGAUUUGAUUGGUUGGCACCAUUGAUGACGCCAGUUCUACAAUUAGUCAGAGAGAAUAUAAGCCCGUUUGACAGCACGGAGUCCAGAACUAAAUUCCCUGUAUUCAAGAUGAUGGCAGAAGCUUUCUUUCCGAUUUUCACUUUGCUUGUCCUUUUUCAAGCUGGAAGCGCAUCCCACGACAAUAAGUCCCCAUCGGCAUGUCACUGUCGUCCAGUAAUCAAUGUUGCUGUGGAUGGUAAUGAACAGUGUGACUUGUGCGAAGGAAACAACCAGCUGUUACAGGAGGUGAACGAAUUGAAGAAAGAACUGGCCUCAAUAAAGGAUCAAAUCCAGGGAGGAAACAAUCCUCAAGGCGAGUAUUGUGCAGAUAUUGAGCACCCUGAUGGAAGCAACGGCGGUACAUGCGUCUUCAGUGAGCAAUGCAGCAAAGUUACAUGCACUUCACCACCAGACAGUACUGGGCCAUUUGGCCACAUGGUCAUCACUGUACAAGCGUAUGGAUGCCAACCCCUGAUAGCCACAGUUACCAUGCAGACAUAUCAGCCUCCCAUGAAGUGGUCGCAUACAUUUGAAGAUGGCGAGCAAACUCCCUUGCCAAUGCAAGUACCUGCAGGCCCUGUCAACGUGACAUUAGUCCUGCAGGUCGAACUAAAGAAAUAUGGUGGAAAAAUCAACUUCAAGUUACUGCUGUCACGGUUGUUUGAAUCAGACAUUGCAUCCUAUAAUGUUACAUUCCUUAAAGGAGAUUUGCAUUCUUCUACAUGCGGUUUGUCCGAAAGUCCAUACGAUCUUUAUUUCACGAAAAGUACUACAAGUGAUUAUGUCAUCCAUCAUGGCCUCCAAAUCACCGAUGCUUUUACCAUGUGUUUCCGAGUGCGUACAACAGACAAAACAGGAACGGAUCGGACGGUCGUGAGUUACAGCACUCCCACACACACCAAUGAAAUUUUAAUCAACAAGAUGUCUCAAAUCCAGUUAUGGAUCAACGACAAACUAAUCCAAACGGGAAUCUCUGCCAAUGACGGUUUCUGGCAUCACAUCUGUGCUUCAUGGGAAAGCAAAGCUGGGUCUUGGAAAAUUUACAAAGAUGGCGUCUCUCAAGCCAAAGGAUCGGGGUUAAAGACCGGUCACGUGGUCAACACAAACGGAAUCCUUAUCAUUGGGCAGGAGCAAGACUCGUUUGGAGGAGGAUUUGACGCCACUCAAAACUACAUUGGAGAACUCACUGAUCUGAACAUGUGGGACAGGGUCCUCGACGCAAGUGAAGUAUCAAACUUGUCCAAGUCGUGUCACGGGGGGAGGGGUAAUGUCAAAAAGUGGUCUGAUUUUAAAGUUGGACUUAGAGGUGAUGUGAGAGUUAUUUCUCCAUCUACCUGCGAAAUAUGAACUAUCGUUUGUAAGUUUUUGUUCUGCUUAAGUAAAGUUUCUCUUAAGCGUGGAUCAAAGAAGGAUGAUUGUUUUUAGAUAUAAGGUUGUCAAAAUGCAAUAAAUGGAUGUUAUAGCAGUUUUACUAAUUCCUGCUUCUUGAAGCAUGUAUCUUCAGGGGUUUGGGAGUAAGAAUCGAGGGGAGACUUAAUGGAACCCUUAAGUGGUGCCAAUUUCAAAAUGGACCUCAUGGCAUGUCAGAGAUCUAGUCUCAAUUGUCACGAUUUCCUCACAAGGAAAAGUAGCUUUUUAUUGUAAAUACAAAUGGUGCAAGGGACCGUAAACGAAAAUGCUGCUGUUAUACGCAGGAUCUGUGAAAAAAAAAAUAGAAAGCCACACCGUGCUGACGAGACACAACCAGGUCGAAACAGCUGUCCACGGUCGCAAUUGUUGGCUUUGAGUUUGAACUCUCUCAUGUCUUUUAGAUUUCUACGUAGUUAUCAGUCUUGCUUCAUUAUUUGUUUAUUGUGCUGUUAAAAUUAAAAAGGUGACUACUAUAAGCCCGAAAUGAGUCUAAGAUUCAUGAGCCACGAGUCAAUGAUUCUUUCAAGUAUAUACAUCGUGUUUACCAUUCUCGUCUCCAGAGCUACCUGUCACUCGUAGCCGGUCGGGCCUUCAUACCCGGAAAAACUAGCUCCGGAGGCAUGACAUGAUUGGCCAGAUUCUUUGUAUGAGAUUCUCACUCAUUAAAUCCUGGUUUCCUUCUCUAGAAUAUCCUAGAACCGUUCACUAGCAGCACUUACAGACCUUAUCAGAUGUUAGCAAAGGGAAUUUACAACAAAAGCAAAUUUUUGACGGGAAGUGCCAUUGAUAUGUUAAAAAUUCUCCUCGUAAAAAGGUUUUAAAGUUCCCGACGUUCUGUGGAUGCUGUGAUGGAACGGCAUUUGUCACGGGAUGAACCAGUGAUACUUUCGAGAAGGGGAUCAGUGCUGAGUUUGAAAA